AUGGCUCGUAUCCUCUCCGUGGCCGCCCUGGCCGUGUUCCUCCUGGCGGCGCCCGCCCUCGCGGCCCGCGACCUGAAGCAGCUGAGCGCCGUCACCGGCGCUGUGAACGGCCUGCUGGGCACUGUUGGCACCACCGUCGGCAGCGUCCCCGUUGUUGGCCCCGUCGCCAGCCCCGUCAUCGGCACCGUCGGCAGCACCGUGAACGGCCUGCUGGGCACUGCCACUUCCACUGUCACCCCCGUGCUCGGCACUGUGGUGGGCACCGUCGGCUCCCUCCCCGUUGUUGGCCCCGUCGCCACCCCCCUCAUCGGCACCGCCCUCGGCACCGCCGGCAGCGCCCUCGGCACCGUCGGUGGCGCCCUGGGCACCGUCAACGGUGUUGUGGGCUCCGCCGCCGGCACUGCCAGCGGCCUCCUCGGCACCGUCACCGGUGUGACCGGCAGCCUGCCCCUGCUGGGCUGA